AUGGAAGGAGCCAAUACUAGGGUGUUUGAGAACAAUGACACGCCCAAAGCAAUCCUGUUAGAGCGCCUCUCGCACUCGAUAGAGGAGUUUGAUAAGUUUGCCACCCGUAUUUACCGAGCUUUAUGCCCACGCACCUCAACGAGCUCUAACACUUUGCAACCUCCGAAGGAAGGAGUGAUAAAAAUCAAUGCUGACACGGCGGUUUUCGAGGACGGUUGGAUUGGUUUAGGGGUGGUUGUUAGAGAUCAUGGGGGAAACGUCAAAUUUACGGCUACGAGAAGUGUUAGAAUAACUUGGGAUCCUCAAGUUGCUGAUGCUCGAGCUUUAGCUAUGGCGUGUAGAUUGGGGAAGAGGUAUGGGGUUCAUCAUUGCGUCUUGGAAUCCGAUUGUGAGGGGCUCAUCCAUCGUUUCACGAGAGGAGCUCUCUUUCUUGCAGAUUUAGAUAUUGUUCUUGAUGAAAUUUUUUAUGCUUGCUCUAGUUUUAUUUCAAUAGCUUGGUCUCAUGUUCGUAGAGAUGGCAAUUUUGUUGCUCAUCACCUAGCGGAACUAGUUCCAUUUGGCACUGAACAGAUAUGGAAAAAUCAUUGUCCCUCUAAGAGGACAAUUAAAAUUGCCCUCUUUGAUAUAAAAUUUGCCUUCAUAGGUUACGAGGGCAACUUUAUAAAUUGCCCUUCCGUUGCCCUUGUAGCCCCGUUGUAUUAG